CACUUACACUGGCUUAAUAGAGCUGGUAUCCUACACCAAUUCGGAACAAAAGGCAAGGCGAAGAGAUGGCAGAUGAGGAAACUCCAGAGAGGAAAUGCCAGAUGCUACCCUCAGUGAUCUUCAUGCCCUGAACCUCCUGGAGACAUCUGACUGGACAUAGCUUGAAAUAGGAUGCUGGACAAGAUAGUCACUUGUUCUGAUCCAAUGAAGUUAUUCUUCCUCUAGCCAUUAUUGGAGACAUAGCUCUUCAGUUUGUCUUUUAUAAGUGGAUGAGUGGAUGAAGGAUGAGUCCCUGAGGAAAUCACAAAGUAAACUGGGAAAAAACAUUCAACACAUCCAGACACAGAGAGAAAACUCAGGAAAAUGUUGGAGCUUCAGCUAUUUCUAUUUUUUCUACUGGUGUGUCUCCUGAUCCUGCAUUACCUGAAACAACUUUGGUCAAUUAGACACUACCCUUCUGGACCUCUUCUGCUUCCUGGCAUUGGUGGCCUGUGGAGGGUUGCAACUGGAGUAUCUCACGAUACUCUCAUAAAGCUGGCAAAGCAAUAUGGAAACAUUUACACCAUAUGGGCAGGGCCGCUACCCUUAGUAAUACUUUCUGGAUUCCAAGCUGUGAAAGAAGGGCUGAUCAACCAUUCAGAAGCAAGUGCUGAGCGACUGGAGACCCCAUUCCUUAGAGAUGCUUUGAAAAAUAGAGGUUUCGUAUUUGCAAAUGGACACUCCUUGAAGCAGCAGAGGCGUUUUGGGCUAAUUACCCUGCGGAAGCUGGGACUGGGGAAGAAAGGGAUGGAGCAGCAAAUAGAAGUGGAGGCCCAACAGCUUGUGGAGACUCUUGAACAUGCAAAAGGGCAGCCUCUUGAUCCUUCACUACCCAUCACAAACUCAGUCUGCAAUGUGAUCAGUGUCUUGGCUUUUGGACAGCGGUUCUCGCUUGAAGACGAAGACUUCCAAAAACUGGUGAAAGCCAUUUAUGUUCUUUCAAAAUUUGGAGCGACCUUCUUUCAAAUUCUCUAUGAUGCGGUCCCAUGGCUCAUGAAAUAUCUUCCAGGGCCUCACAAGAAGGCAUUUUCCUGCGUGGAGAUGGCACGUUCAUUUGCUAAAAAGGAGAUUGAAAGGCAUAAGGAGAAUCAGACACUGCAUGAGCCACAGGAUUUCAUUGAUUUCUAUCUAGUUCAGAUGCAAAAGGCUGAGAAUGACCCCGAUUCUGCCUAUAAUGAUGACAACUUGGCUCAGUGCACUAUUGAUUUAUUUGCUGCAGGGACAGAGACAACUGCCACUUCUCUAAAAUGGGCGCUGCUCCUCAUGGUGACUCAUCAAGAGAUCCAAGAUAAAGUCCAUAAGGAGAUAGAAGAUGUUUUUGGUUCCUCUCGCCUAAUCUGCUAUCAAGAUCGGAAGAAACUACCCUACAUCAGUGCAGUAAUUCAUGAGAUCCAGCGUUUCAAAUACAUCUUUUUCUAUGGCCUUGCCAGACAAACUACAAAGGAUGUGAACAUGUGUGGUGUUCACAUUCCCAAGGGAACCAUUAUUGUUCCAGAUCUGCGCUCUGUUCUCCUUGAUUCAGAACAUUGGGAGACACCUGAAGAAUUCAACCCAAAUCAUUUUUUGGACAAGGAUGGAGAGUUUGUGGCUAGAGAAGAAUUUCUGGCAUUUGGUGCAGGGGCUCGUGCAUGUAUUGGGGAGCAGCUGGCACGGAUUGAGCUCUUCAUCUUCUUCACCAGCCUGAUGAGGGCGUUCACCUUCCAGCUGCCAGCAGGAGUCAAAGAACUCAGACAAGACCCUGUAAUGGGGAUAGUGACACCUCCCCAGCCAUAUAAGCUCUGUGCUAUUCCUCAGUGCACUAUAUGAUCAAUUAUACAAAUAAUCAGAGUGACAUUUGUCAGUCUCUCUCAAGCUGACUUCCUGCCUUGCUUUGCUAGGAUUAAUCCUGUCCCAGUAGUCUCCACUCCAUCAAUGCUUGGCAGAUGCAUUCUUUAGACAGAGAAUCCAGGGUACUUUCCAAAUUAGACCCUGCAAUAGGGUCAUGUCAUAUCUCGGAAGUAUGCUUCCACACUUCCUGUGUUGUGACACCACAGUCCCUAUGCAGACAGCAGAGUGUCAUUCACAUUUCCAAUGCCUUGUUUCUAAUUUAAUUGCUGUGAUA